AUGGCUCUGGCGGCCUACAGGUUGGCGACGACUCACAACGUGAAAUCGCCAGGCGAUCAGCUAACUGAGACUAGACACCUCCUACGAGCGACACGGAUUGCCUUCGACGGCGACUUUCAUCUUCUCCAUGCAGCACGAACUCAAGCCCGGGCGGGUUUUGACAGCCUAAGCUCUCUCGACCCUGGGUCCCAAGAGGCCCUCAAAGGAAUAGAACAUGCUGAGGGCGUCGCUUCUGUGUUAAGACACAACAUUGUACAAGGGCAGAAAAUAGAGGGCACAGAUGCAAUCAAACUGAAUCUACACAAGGAUAUUGAGCGAGGUGAUAAUGAUACGGUCAAGAAUCCACUAGGAAAGGGUGGCAAAGUGAAAGUUGGAGGCCUAUGA